AUGGCGAUUGAUAGGUUAAACAGGAGUCGGAGAGAUAAGCUGGACUGGGCAGCAAAGCUGGGUCUUGGACCCUUAGCUGGUGGUGAGGUGCCUAUCCCCCCAGGGGCGGAGGUGCCACGCAAUGUGCGCGAUGCCAUGGCGCAAAAGAAGCAGGCCGAAGAGAUGGCGGAGCUGCGCCGGCGCAUCGAAAAGCAGACAGACGUGGUUUCCACAGCGCCACCCAAGACUGAAGAAGAAGACGUGGAUGCAUCGGGAUUUCUGAAUCCAAAUGCGAAAGCAAAUGCAAAGAAAAAGGUCGCACCCAAAAGCGUCCUGGAGCUUCGCAUUGGCACCAAACCCACGGUGGUGGUGACCUCUCGUCCAGAUGAGCCAGACAGGAUCGAAGAAGAACCGGUGAAAGAUCUGAAGGCUGAACGGCGGGCGAAGCAAAAGGCUGCGACGAGAUUCCAGGAUGUGGAGGAGGAGUACUCCUACGACAGCCACGAUAGGCGUCGCAAGAAGAGAAGAGGUCGUGUGGCCUACGACGAUGAGGAUUCGGACCGGCGGCGGCACAUGCGAAGUCGCAGUGGCCACUACUCUGAGGACCGGUACGGACGGCGCGACCGCAGCCGCUCCAUGGAUGGAUUUUAUGACAGCGAUGACUCAUCUGAAGUAAGAAGAAGAAAGAAGCGCGAAGAGAAGAGAAAAAGGGAGGAAUGGAGAAAGGAAUGGAAGAGGAAGAAAGAAAUGGAACGACGGCGAGAGGGCCAGCCAGGUGUACGUUCUUCCGAUGAAGAGAGUGAUCCUUGCGACUUUGAAAGGCGCGCGGAGAGCGCUGAUAGGAGCCCGACGCGGAAGACGAAAACCGCCAUCGGAGUGCCCGAGGCGCAGGUGGAUCACGUGGGAGGCGUGCAGCGACGCUACGUGGGUCAGCUGCGAGACUCCGAGCUGGGCGAGCGUUUGCGGAGGGCAGAAGAGAUUCAUGGCCUCAAUACUCAAAGGAAAUUGCUGACAGAGGCUGAAGCCAUUGCCCUGCUGCAGGGCGGCAGCAAGCGCCGCACCAGAUGACCGGGCGUUCGGCGUUCGAUGGGGGGAGCUCGGCGGAUGCCAAC